UCGUCAAUCAUCAUGAAAGUAGUUUUAGCAUUAUCAACCUUAUUAGCUGUAGCCUUCGGCGCCAGCUUAGAAGUCAACAACCCCAAAAUAAUCCCAAUUAUUAGCCAAGAAAGUGAACUAUCUAUCGAUGGUAACUUCCGUUCAUCUUUCGAAUCAGCGAACGGAAUCAAAGUAUCUGAACAAGGAGUACAAAAGAAUGCCGGAACUAAAGAUGCUGCCUCUGAGGUAGUUGGAACUAUCGAAUGGAAAAGCCCGGAAGGUAUUCCAGUUUAUUUGAAGUACAUCGCUAAUGAAUUCGGGUACCAACCUGAAGGAAAUCUCCUCCCUACUCCUCCAGUAGAUAACAAUACUCCUCCACCAAUCCCACCAGCAAUCCUUAGGUCUUUGGAAUGGAAUGCUGCUCAUCCUGAAGAAGAUGAGGACCGUAACAAGCGUCAAUAG